UGCCCCACGCUUCAUAUUGUCAACACAACGCACUCAACUCCACAUUCGACAUUCGAUUCGCGACUCGAUAAGCCACAGUCCACCACAGCCCUAUAUUAUUACUCUAACCAGGUCUACUGAAGCAAUCAUUGUGAUCGCAUAAUCACCAGGAUCUUGGUUAUAUGGAUGCUCGCCGGUGUUGACGCAUCGCGUGUAGACCAAGACAUAUAUUUUGCCCUCUAUGGCUCAAGCUUGGCUUGACUCGCUUUCUGAGGAUUGGGUGUCCCAGCCCCGAUCAGAUCCUCGAUCCGAUAUCUCGCUAGAACAGUCGCAGUCGCAGUCGCAGUCGCCUAGUCGACCAAAUACAUCUACAACCAGUGCGAACGGCAGAAGUCCGCGCGUGAGUCGCAUUCCACGGUUUAAUCCUGCGAAUGUAUCAGCAACAAAAAAGGUGCACCCAUCCGCGCAUAACAGCAGUUCCAUUCAAAUCCUAAGCGAACGAACCAUGAACGAUAUUAAUAUCCGAAAAUCACAGCCUGGUCCAUCCAAACUUAUUCAAGAAUCUAGAUCCUCCCAACAAGGACGCCAUCCCAGCCGAUCUGCAUCUGCGUCCACCACUGCCUCCGUCGUACAUAACACUGUCCAACAGAACAAAUCGCAGAGCAGUUCCCCUUCGAAAACGAGAGAAAAUGUACCCGAAUGGAAGAGACGGUUGAUUUAUGGCGAAUUGAACUAUGGCGAGUCUAAGGAUCUAUUUAGCUCGGCAGGGACUGGUCUGGAGAAUAUAUUCCGACCACCAAUGGCGCAAGAGCCCACAGAAGAUGAGACCAUUGAGAACAGAGAGGUUGGCAUUAAUGAUACUACGCUACCCUCAAGCCCUCCGCCCUACUUGAGGCGCAUACACGAGACCCGCCAAGACGAAAGCUUCGAACCAUCCGCCAACGAGUCGCUAAUGCCGCGCUCUCCAUCUCGCAAGAAAUUUCUAUUUCGAAGGACAGAAGCAGAUGCCGACCAGUCAAGCAGAAUUCAAUCACGGCUGCCAUCAAAUGAGUAUCGUCAUGGCCAAGGGAAGGAAACGAAUGGGUUAGGUGAGAGAUCUGCCAUGUCUCUCAACUGCAAUAGUGGCCUCGAUGAGUCGCGAAAAGUGAGUGGGCAAAGCGUCGUGCGAAAUGAGGAUCUUAGUCCAAUUUUAUUAUCGCGUCACAAUUCUGGAGAUGGAAAAGUGAGCUUUGCCCCGGUUGAGCUUCCAGCGGAACAGCUGCGCAAGCGUUUGGAGAAUUUGAGACAAAACCAGAUGGUGUUGGACUCAGAACCCGAAAGUUAUUUGACUCCAGAACCGGCUAUUACUACGGAUGGCACUCCAAAAGUCGACAGUACGGAUGAAUUCGUAAAAAAUGGUGGAUAUCUAAAUACUCGGCGGGGUGGACGCUCAGCAGAGGGGUCUUUUCGCCAACGUCCCCUAAGUCCACCACUGAACACAGACACAUCGGAAAUGCUUCCAGAAUCAUCGCUUCAGGCCAGCACUCCUAAACAGUUUCCAACUGUUAGAGUACAACGUGUUGCGUCAGCUGAUAGAAUAGAGGACCCGGAAACUCCCCUGAACCUCAAAGUACCUCGUGCUCCUCAUCCAAGUCCCGAGAAGCGUAUUCCUGAGAAACGCAUUCAACCGUCAUCGAGCCAAGGCGGCAGCCCUUUGAAGCUUUUUGGUCCGUAUGAUACAUUUACUAACCAAACUCUUCUUCGUCGCAUAAGUCAAUUUGAGGACCAGAUGACGGAGGACCCUUCGCGCUCAAGACUAGAUGAUACUAUUGCUUCACCAAUGGAAUCGUCCCCUUCCAAAUCGGAAACGAACAAAAGCUUCAUAACAGAGUCUACUCCGAGAAAAGCGGCGCGAGCCGAUUUUGAUUAUCCAGAUCACCUUGAAAACGUUAGCUUCUUCGGAGCAGGAGAGCUCGAUGGAUACGAGUUCAACGAAGAGAUCACUCAAAACUCUAUUGAUUACUCGCAAUUCACAAAUAAGGAAAACAUGGCGCCCGCAGACGACUCGUUGCGACCUACUCACUUUAUCAAGUUUCCAUUCUACCAAGGUCUUUCAUUCCAGGAAAACCCCCCCUUUGUGCAGCGCCGCCGUCACAAACCAUCAGGGUCUUCCUUCUCUCAUCGACGUAGCAUGGGCCUAACCAGGUUUUCUGGUAGCACAAGAGCACAUAGUUCCACGCAUCCUAAUGGAUUGAAUGGUGGAUUCGAGUUUAUAACGAAGAGAGAAAGCUCGGAUGGUAAGAGGCCGCGGACCUCGCCGUCCAAGGAUCCCACGCCGAAAAGGAGAAGGACAUUACAUCGAUCAGAUAUUGCGUAUGGAUUAGAAGAUCAGGUUGUAGGGAUAGAGUCGGUCCAGUCAUCACACCGAACUAUGCAAUCAGUCAUUGCGAGGAAACGACAGCUUUCUAACCAAAACCAAUUACAAGACGCGAAUUCAAGGUAUCUUGCGACACGCCAGGUUCUUCGACCACGUUCACCAACUCCCAGUCACAGGUUAUCAAUAGCGCAUGAAAGAUAUCCACUUGCGAAUCUUCAUUACGAUCCAGAUCAUCAAAAUGGCGAGUCGGAUACAUCCGGUCAAGACUUUGCUGUUGACGGAUCAGGAAGGACAUCCAUGAAAACCCAAGAUUUUUUCGACGCCGCAGAAGAAAUCAUGGCGAUGAUUCGCAACAAGGCGCGCCCUCGUAAUGAUCUUAGCAGUGUAGAAGAAUCCGAAGCUGAAAGUGCCGAACAGCGGAGUUCAACCCCAAGAGGCGGAAACGAAAGCUCAUUCCAGGAGUCAACCAAGGAACCGUUUUCACGACCCCCGAGCCGGGAAGGACCUCCCAUCCUUAAUAUUCCAACUCGCCAAGAGGACCCGGAGCUGGUUGACAGGCUAAGGCAGUACGAGGAACGUAGCGACCUUGGAGAGAUCAUUAGCAAUUCGAUGAAUUCGAUGGGACAGAUUAGAGAGGCUAUCCACAAGGCUAAUAGCCUUAGUGAGUCUCUCCGACAAAGUGUCAGGUCCAGCAAAACGUGGGAUGAUUCUCCAGAGGAGCAAGAUGUCGUUAGCGACUUGUCAAAUGUGAGAAUCUCGCGCAACCCAGACUUCCACGAUCCUGUCGAGGAUACCAUGGAAUAUCCUACGAACGGGACACGCUCUUCCGAAGGCUCCACGAAUCACUCUUUCCCUACAGCCUCUUCUCAGAGAUCUGAUUCAAGGAAACUCAUCGUCCCGGAUGUUGUCACUCCUCUCAUUGGCAACCAGGUCGGUAAUAUGGUGUUUGAUAAAGAAACCAACAGAUGGUACAAGGUCAAAGAGCCAAGACCUACUUCACGUGGUGGGAACAUCCUUCCGUCGGAAGAUAGUGAGGAUCCGUUCGCUAGUAUUCCGGAUCUUUCGGUCGAUAUAGACAGAGAGACAGAGAACCUAGCGAUACCAACGAGACAAAAUUCCGUAGAAAAUGAACAAUCCAUGGAGGAAGGGGUGCGACAAGGGCCCUCAUCGAAACCAUCUGCCGUUGUGUUAGAUUUCAUGGAAGUUAGGAAUAUGAUGAGUCAAACCAAGGGAAGGUUCAAAAGAAUGAGGCAGACCAUGACAGAGACUGCAGUCGAAGAUGAUGAAGAGAUUGAGCAUGAGAUAUCGAUACACGAAGACCGUAUGCAACAGUCAACUUCCCCGUCACGACGAAGGAAUCUCACCAUCUCAUUUUCUUCCCCCAUUGCUUCUGUCAUACAAGACACGACCCAUCAAUCAGAUGAAGACAAUAUUGGCCAGGAACCCGAUCUUCCGAUGGAAUCGGUUGAGCAAGCGGAGUAUGAACCUCCAAGACGCGGACGGCAAUCCAAGCCGUCAAGAUCUGCUGGUAAAUCGACUACGAAGCCAACUACCAAACCGAGAUCUCGAAGCCGUUCCAGAAAGAAUUUAUCUGCCAAAGGGCGGGAAUUUGUGCCGCGACCGGUGUCACGUAUCGACGAACAAGACGAGGACUUGACUGGAGAACAAUCGGCAUCUGAGCAGCAGAUUAGUCUUCGCGGAGAAUCGAGUCUGAUAUGCGCGGAAGAUGAUGAUAAAUGCAACAAUACUAGCUUGAGCGUGGUGGUGACUACACCAUCGCCCGUAAAUCAUGCUGCGACCCCGAUUAUCGGGCAAUACGUUGGCACCUUGUCAUUGAGUCCUCUAUCUGACUUUACCAUGCACCAGGCCGAUCAAUCAUGCGGCCUGGAGGUUAGCUAUGUCGUAGGAGACCGUUAUCUUGCCACCGGGGAUGGCUCCAAGAAGAUUAUGUCCAAAGCUAUCCAGAAUCUCGUGGAGAAGAUUACGGAGGUUGAGCCAUUCGAGCCCGAUUGGGAGUGUAUGGAUGAACUGGAUAUCAACAACAAGCAGCUCACGACACUCCAUAUGCUGGAUGAGUUUUGUACGGGUGUUGUUACACUCAACGCAUCAAAUAAUUCCAUCGAGCAUUUGGACGGUGUGCCCGAAUGCGUCCGAAACUUGCGGAUUACCCACAAUCACCUCUCCGAGUUGACGGCUUGGGGCCAUCUGAUGAAUCUGCAAUAUGUCGAUGUGUCUCACAACCAGAUCGGUAGUCUGAACGCCUUUAAAGACUUGGUUCACCUACGUAGUCUUCGCGCCGAUCACAAUCAAAUUACCAGUCUAGACGGUAUCAAGAUGCACGACAGCUUGCAAGUCCUUCGCGCCAGGGGUAAUCUUCUUCGUGACGUCAACCUUGACGGCACCAAGAUGCAACGCCUAACUGAGCUAGACUUGGAAAACAACCAGAUCAGCUCUAUUCACGGCAUCGAGCAGCUCUCCUGUCUCGUCACGCUCAACCUACAAAACAACGACUUGCCGUCGUUUGGUCCUAGCAUGGAUGUCCCAAUCUCUAAUCUCAAAUACUUGAACCUCUCGAACAACGACUUGACGACCGUGGAUAUGUCACUAUUCCCUUCACUUCGGCUCCUGCACGCAGACCGCAACCAAAUAGUCAGUCUGACAGGCUUCUCUCGCUGCCGCCGCCUCGACAGCCUCUCACUUCGCGAGCAGCGUGGUGAUACUCCCCUUGACGCCUCAUUCCUCAACGCCGCGUUCGAGGUCCGAAAGCUUUUCCUCUCGGGUAAUCUCCUCGCAUCCUUUGAACCUUCCGUCGACUUUCUCAACCUCCAGUUGCUCGAGUUGGCCAACUGUGGUCUCGAGCGUCUGCCCGCGGAUCUUGGACAGCUGAUGCCAAACUUACGCGUGCUCAACCUGAAUAUGAAUGCGCUCGAGGAUGUUUCGGCCCUACGGUUUAUCCCGCGAUUGAAGAAGCUUCUCCUAGCUGGAAACAGACUCGCGAACCCGGCAGACGUCGCGGAUACUCUGGCUGGCUUCCCGCACUUAGCACGGCUAGAUCUCCGUGACAACCCCGCAACGCAGGGCUUCUACGCCCCGGUCCAAGCACUCGUGUCUACGGACGCAAACGGAAAGGGGGGAAUCGACCCAUUCGUCUUACCGGACGCAGACCCAGAACGCGACGCGCAGUUCGCGAGCCGCUCCGACAUGGGCACGCGCAUGCGCCGGCGCUUCUUCGAGAUGGUCGUCCGCGACCGGUGUCCGCGCGUUAAGAUGCUCGACGGCCUUCCGGUGUCCGCAGGCGGUGGCCCCACCAAGAAGCGUGACAAGGUCUGGGAUGCCCUCGUUAAGACCGGCGUCGUCCAGGACUUGGAAACGGGGAUUGAGGCGCAGAUGGAAGCUGUGGAGAUUGAUGGGGACGAGAAGAAGAAGAAGAAGGAUGAUAAAAGGAAGAUGAAGAAUAAGAAUCAGAAAAAGAAAAGAGGGGUAGAGCUGGAAGAGCUCAAGGAGGAGGAGGAAGAGAUGGAGCAGUGGCAGUAGGGCUGCGAAGACAGCUUUGGCUGAUCUUUCUUGAAGCUGUCCUCCGGACUUCCUUUCUUCACCUGGGACCUUUUGACUUGGACUUGGACUUGGACUUGGACUUGGCAAAGGUGAAGGUGAAGGUGUCUACACUAUGAAGUGGAUCGGUUGGAUGGGAAAGGGGUGGAUUGGAGUGGAGUACUUUACUUUCUGGAAGCUGUGUUACUUGUGGCCUUUGCCUUUUUCUUUUGAUUGAUCGACCCUGUGGUGUGUGUAUGGCCCUACUAGGCGGACAGAUGGGCAGGUGGACAGGAAGGAAGGAAGGGGUUCGUGUG